AUGUUGGCUGUGAGUUUGAGCUUUUUGAAAUUUUUUAAAACUUUUCUCAAAUUCCAGGCAACAAUCCUGUCCAUCUUUUCGCUGGCCACGGCCCAAUGUAAGUUCCAGUUUUAUCAAGAAGCAAUAAUUGAAAAUCUACAAUUCAGUUGCUCUACCCAACCAGUUCGGAGCAUCUGGAAUGAGCUCGAACCCUUGGAUGGGCAUGUUCGGAGGACAACAACAAGGGUUGAGCACUCUCGGCCGUCUCUAUGGUCUUGCUGGUUCUCAAGGCGGAAGCCAACUCCCAAGACUUCCAUCGAACAUUGCCAACCUGCCCAUUGGCACCGCUAUUCAGAAUGGAAUCUUUGGAAGUGAGUUGACUCCGAGAAACUUACAAAUCACUAGGAAACACCUAGAGACCACUUAAGAGGCUCCUCGAGGGCUACUUGGAGAGGACACUAAAGUGACCACUAAAACCACUUCUAUAGAAGCUACUUCAGUAGUUUUUAUUAGUAGUACAACGUAGACUUCUUAAGCAGUCACUUGAAAGGACACUUAUUCGGCUACUAUAUUGACUACAAAAAUUCCAAGGCCUAAAGUGGCAACUAGAAAUUUUCCCAGAAAGUGCUUGAUUAUUUAAAUUAGGGAAAAGCUUCAGUAUGUAAGUAAAGCAUCUCAAACUUUAAAAAAAUAGUUGUGAUUUCCAGUCAAUCAGUGCACAGCCAACGAGACUCUGGUCUCCUGUGGAUCUGAAUGUGAGCCCAGAUGUACCACCUCAUUGACGUCUCAACCUGUGAGUCUCCUACACACUUUUUUUGAGAAGCUUCACUUAUGAAACACCUCGUUAGCCAUAGAACAGCCAGAAAAGAAGAAAUGAUCAAAAAUGUAGCAUGAUUUUUGAUUUGAGCUCAUUAGUUUGGCCAAGCAUGGAGGGUACAUUCCCAUGAAAAAAAAAUCCGUUUUUUCUUGCAUGUUAGACCCAGAAAAAAGUUGAUACGUAGAACUUCCGCUCUUUGGUUGAUCUUUGCUCGAAAAGUGCAUUUUGGGUUUGCAAGAAUGAGAAAAAACAUUGAAAACAUCAGGAAAGAGUUUCCAGUUGAAAUUGAGUUCAACAGAGGAUGAGUGAGAAGUUUCAGAUAGCUUAAAAUAACGAUUUAGUUGAAAAUCUUCCAAAAAAUUGUUUCAAAAAACGCUUUGAGGUUCAAAAUUGCCUCCAAAGCUGCGUCCCGAACGUUUGCCAGUGCAACACGGGCUAUGUCCGGUCUUACGACGGCUCUCGUUGUGUUCUGGCCCGAGACUGCCUUGCGACUCUUUCCAACAACUGUAUGAUGGUCGGAACUACGCGAAUUUGCUUCCCAGGUACUAAGAAAAAUUGAUGAAAAUCACUGGAAAAGCUAAAAAUGCACCGAGAAAAUAAGAUACUCGUAAAAACUCUAGUGGCCACUUAAGAGGUUCCUCAAACACUACUUGGAGAAAGCACUCAAGUGGCGACUAAAACCACCUCUAUAAAAGUCACUCUUUUGCGUCUGUGUCCACUAAAGUCGUUUUUAGGGGUCUUGUAGAACCACUUAGACUCCUAAAGAGGCCACUAAAUUUAGUCAUUUAAGUGGCCUCUAAUUCUACUACUAUGUCGAACCCUAAAGUGACCACUGAAAACUUGUCUAUACAUAGAAAUUUCCAAGCCAUCGAGAGCCUUUAAAAAAAUAUGAAUAAAUAAAGCGCCACCUUUUUUGGAAUGAAAAACUGUAUUUUCUCUCAAAUUCAUCCAACUUCAACUCCAACUUCCAGGCGCUCAAUGCGGCUCAACCUACUGCCCCUCCGGCUGGAGCUGCUCCAACCCCCAGUUCUGUUUCGGAGCCUCUUGCCAGCCUUCCUGCGUUCCCAACUUUGGCACCGUCAACUUGUACAAUCCCCGUUCUGGAUUCUUUUAA